AUGAAUUUCAAGUUUCUCGUUCUAUUGCUGCUUGUUGCUUUGUUGGCAAUUCAACAUGGUGAUUCCUGGGGUCGGAGACGACGCCGGGGAAAGAAACGUAGAGGAUGGCAUACAGCAGGAAAAGUACUUGGCCACGUUGCUAAAGUUGGCCUUCGACUUCUUCGGUGGGAUCGUGAUUCUUUGGAGAAACUGGCCUACUUGAAAAGCGAGGACAGCGACUCUUUUCAAGAAUUUUUGGGGAAUGUGAAGGAUGAAUUCAAAGUCGAAUUGUCGGAUGACGACAUGAACCAAUUGGUUUCUACAUUAAAUUCAGUCUCUGUAAUGAAUCUGGACGAAAUUGAAGAAUUUGCUCAAAAUAUGAAAAGCAACGAUGUAGAAGUUAAUGAAAGCUUAAAGGAAGCUACUGAUCAACUUCGUGAGAAGUUACUCCUGAGAACCGCAAUGAUGCGUUAAGUUCCGAAUGCUGCUUUACUAAUUCAUAUGACAAGAUAAUAAAUUUGCCAGCUCUCAUUCAAAAUACGUCAUGAAUAUCUACAACUGGAAAAAAGGAAAAAUGCGAGACGUCAAGUUUAGAUAUGUGUGUGCCAUGUUACUUGAAUCAAAAAUGUGGCCAUAUUGUUUUUGAAAUUUAGUGAAAGUUAUGCUAUAGUAUUUUUCUUUAUCGAGGUAUUUGAAUUAGUUGGAGCAUAUUACAUUGCGGAUUGAUUCCGACAAGA